GAAAUUGAAAAAUUAAAACGACAAGGCGGAUAUGUCACCGCGGAUGUGAUAAAUAUCGUGCCCGAAACGCCGAAUCUCGAAACGAUGCUCGACAGAUUUCGUCCCGAACAUUGGCACGACGAAGACGAAGUUCGUUUUAUCGUAAAGGGUUGCGGAAUUUUUCAUAUCGCGCCCGAAAAAGGAGAGGUAACGGCUGUAAAAAUGACUGCGGGCGACCUGAUUCGUGUUCCGAAAGGCACGAAGCAUUGGUUCGAUCUGGACGAAAACAAAACCGUCCGCGCAAUCAGAUUGUUUCAGGAUAUGUCAGGUUGGACACCGCAAUAU